GAAAGUAGAUACUUAAUAAACAACCGCAAGAAUCGCGUUGUCAAACAUUUCGAAUGGGCAAAGACAUGAUUUAGCCAGAGCUACGAGUCACGUACAAAAAAUUAAAAUUUUGUCAAUUUCAGUUGAAAUAGUUUCGGAGGCAAAUUGAUAGGGAAAGUGUUCCGUGUUAAGCGGAUAAUUAACUUUAAGUGGUUAUUAUUUGUGGAUUAGUAAUGCGUAAUGGUAAAAGUUAUGGUGGGUUAUCAAUUUUUCUUCCUCUUGACCAACGUGUUCUGCCUGCUCUUUGGCUCUGCUUCGGCUUUGUUUGAGGGCUGUGAUCAUACAUUUCAAAUAAAUCCCGGUACUACCUAUUUGGAAUCGCCAUAUUAUCCAAGUCACUAUCCAGCAGGGACAUCAUGCCGUUAUAAAUUUGUGGCACCAUUGGAUUAUGACAUAACUGUUAACUGUUCCAUUAAUUUGAAUAUGGGCAGCAAUGCCUGCAGCACAGAGUAUUUCUAUGUGGCCGUGGAUGGUGACGAAUAUCUACGUGGCUCAGAACAAUUUUGUGGUAAAGGUGUAAUCCAGCGUAAAUCUCUCUUCCGUUCGGUGGUAUUUGCCUAUACCUCGGGUGGUUCAUGGGGUAGUUUCCGUUGUCAGUUGUAUGCGGCACCGCAGCCAUGCGAUUGUGGCUGGUCGGUAAAUACGAAAAUUGUCAAUGGCCAGGAGACGGGUAUCAAUGAGUAUCCCGGUGUUGUGGCCCUUAAGACCAGCGAAGCAGCUCCACCCUUCUGUUCGGCAACCAUAAUUUCCCAUUAUUACCUGCUGACGGCGGCCCAUUGUACAGAAUUGGUGCCCAAUCCCGCAAGUUAUAUUAUUAAGGCUGGCGAUCACAAUUUGGCAAUUUCCACGGAAACCAAGUAUGCCGUAAACUACUAUGUGGCCCAAAUCAUUCAACAUCCUGGCUAUACCAGUAGACCCACCAUGAUUAAUGAUAUUUCAUUGCUGAGGACAACCACAGCCAUAGAGUGGUCCAGGGGAGUGGGACCCAUGUGCCUGCCACCACCAAUGGAAAACGAUUUCACCUACACCUAUGUGGAUUUGGUUGGCUGGGGUACCACCUCGUUUGCCGGUGCCUAUUCGGAUACCUUGCAAAAGACCACGGUCAUCAUAACCGAUAACGAGUCGUGUGCCAAGACAUAUAAUGAUACCACCAUCUAUCCAACUCAAAUUUGUACCUAUGAUUAUACCGGGACUAGUCGUGAUUCAUGCCAAUAUGAUUCUGGUGGGCCGGUCAUAAGACGUACUCUAAGGCAGUAUAUUUUGGGUUGCAUUAGUUUUGGUAAAUUCUGUGGCCAAGGAGGCUAUGCAACGGGUGUUAAUACACGUAUCUCAUCCUAUUUGACAUGGAUAUAUCAAAGUACUGGAUAUUCGACAUGUGUUGUGAGUUAAUGGAAAUUAAAAGAA